UUGACGAGAGACCAAACUCCCAAGUGGCAAAAUCGGAACGGACAGACCCCUCUAAUUUUGGUUUCCUUUUCUUUUCUCCUCUUAUCUGAGAAAUUUCGGCGGAAGCUCUGCUCUGCUGAAUUUUGCUGCGCAAUCUUUCUUAUUGAUCUCUCCGUUUUAACUCUCUAUCUGAAUCCCCACUUCUGCGUUUUCGAAGAGGGUUGCUUCAGCUUCAAGCCUCUCAAGUAUGUCUGGGGAGUCGAAUUCCACUUCAGCUGAUGGUGGUAAUAUCAGAGGGGUUCUCACUCAUGGCGGCCGUUACGUUCAGUACAAUAUCUAUGGAAAUCUGUUCGAGCUCCCUACUAAGUACGUUCCCCCGAUGCGACCUGUCGGCAGAGGUGCUUAUGGCAUUGUCUGUGCUGCUGUAAAUUCGGAGACACGUGAAGAGGUCGCAAUUAAGAAGAUUGGUAAUGCCUUUGACAACAGAAUUGAUGCCAAAAGGACAUUAAGAGAAAUUAAGCUUCUUCGUCACAUGGAUCAUGAAAAUAUUAUUGCCAUCAAAGACAUUAUACGACCACCAAACAGAGAGAACUUCAAUGAUGUUUAUAUUGUUUAUGAAUUAAUGGACACUGAUCUUCAUCAGAUAAUUCGCUCCAACCAACCAUUGGCAGAUGAUCAUUGUCAGUAUUUCCUGUAUCAGUUAUUACGAGGACUGAAGUAUGUACACUCAGCAAAUGUGUUGCACCGUGAUCUUAAGCCCAGCAAUUUGUUCUUAAAUUCGAAUUGUGACCUUAAGAUUGGGGACUUUGGAUUGGCAAGGACGACUUCUGAAACAGAUUUCAUGACUGAGUAUGUUGUUACUCGAUGGUACCGGGCACCAGAAUUGCUCCUAAAUUGCUCAGAGUAUACUGCUGCUAUCGAUGUUUGGUCUGUGGGUUGUAUUCUAGGUGAAAUCAUGAUCCGGGAACCCCUUUUUCCUGGCAAAGAUUAUGUUCAUCAGUUGAGGCUCAUCACAGAGCUACUAGGUUCACCGGAUGACUCCAGCCUUGGGUUCCUCAGAAGUGACAAUGCAAGGAGAUAUGUUAGGCAGCUUCCGCAGUACCCAAAACAACAGUUCUCAGCUAGAUUCCCCAGUAUGUCUCCUGGGGCUAUUGAUUUGCUAGAGAAAAUGCUGGUGUUUGAUCCGAACAAACGCAUUACGGUUGAUGAGGCCUUACAUCACCCAUAUGUGUCAUCUCUUCAUGAUAUCAAUGAUGAGCCAGUUUGUACUAGGCCUUUCUGUUUUGAUUUUGAGCGACCAUCAUUCACUGAGGAGAAUAUCAAGGAGCUCAUCUGGAGGGAAUCUGUGAAGUUCAAUCCCGACCCAAUUCAUUAGGGAUUGUUAAUGCUAUUUGUAGCUUAUAAUGUAAAAAGAUAUUGGAAAAUCAGUUUCCUGAAACUCACCUAUCCACCCCUUUGGAAUAGACAGAAACUGCACUAGAGACACUGCAAGCCUCUAAACAAGUUGUCAUUGUAGCGCACAUUCAGAUUCUAUAGAAGCCUGUAACAUAGAACUCACAGUAGAAGAUUGGCGCAAACCUUUUUGCAGGAUCAAUGUUCAUCAGAAUAUCAACACCCUACAUACAUGGCAGUGAAGGCCUUUUUCUUGAGGUCUAAACCAUGUUUGGUGCAGCUGUUCAAACCCAUUAGUAUCAAGGGCUAGAGGGAGCUUUUGACAAUAGAUUUGAAUAAGAGAUUGUGUGUAAUCUUUGAGGCUCAUUGCUUCGGAUCUCUCAAUUUAUUAUAAAAAAAUGUGUGAAUCCAAGAAAUUGCUUUGAUGUACUUACUGGAU